ACGUACGACCCUAGCGACGGCGGUCACCAGGGAGCGGCCGCGCUGCACAGCGGUAUGGACGCGACCACCGCCCCGCACCGCAUCCCCCCGGAAAUGCCCCAGUAUGGGGAGGCGAACCACAUCUUCGAGAUGAUGCAGGAAAUUGACAUUGGGCACAAUGCUGCUAACUAGACUACAUGCCUUAAUUGGAUUUCAUCCGUUUUUGCCCUGCAAAACGUUUUUAAGAACAUGCUGGAGCAGCUUCUGAUCCACCAGCCCACGGACCCCAUCCCGUUCAUGAUUGAACAUUUGCAACUAGACAAUGAUUACGUGCCCAAGAUCCUGUGUUAGGCCCGCCUGCCUCGGGGAAAACAACCGUGGCAAUGUGGCUUUGCAAACAUCUGCGUAGCAAUCUUCUCAGCGUGGAGAACUUGAUAGCAAGACAGUUUUCCUCUCUCGCAGCAGGUGCCAGGCAGCAUUAUCAGAAAUUCAAGACGCUGCCCAGCGGGCUGCUCGUCAGGCUGGUCCAGGCACGUCUGCGGGAAGAGGACUGCGUCACACGGGGCUGGAUUCUGGACGGCAUCCCGGAAACGCGGGAGCAGGCCCUGCUGCUCCAGACCCUCGGCAUCGCCCCCAGACACGUCAUUGUGCUCAGUGCUCCAGACACGGUCCUGAUUGAGAGAAACUUGGGGAAGAGAGUGGACCCCCUAACCGGAGAGGUUUAUCACACCACCUUCGACUGGCCCCCCCAGCCCGAGAUCCAGAACCGCCUGCUGGUGCCCGCGGGCAUCUCGGAAGGAGAGACGGCACGGAAGCUGCUGGAGUUCCACAGAAACAUCGUCAGGAUCGCCCCCUCGUACCCCAAAAUCCUCAGGGUCAUCCCUGCCGAUCAGCCGUGCGUGGACGUCUUCUGCCAGGCUCUGACCUAUGUCCAAACCAUCCAUCGCUCUAACGCCCCCUUCACCCCGAGGGUGCUGCUUCUCGGGCCCAUGGGCAGCGGGAAGAGUCUGCAGGCCGCCCUCCUGGCCCAGAAAUACGGCCUCGUCAACGUCUGCUGUGGGCAGCUGCUCAAAGAGGCCGUGGCGGACAAGUCCAAGUAUGGCAAGGUGAUCCUGUCCUUUUUCGAAAAGGAGAUAGCAGUUCCCGACAGCAUCAUCAUGAAAGUGCUGGGCCGGCGCCUGGACCAGCAGGACUGCGUGGAGAGAGGGUGGGUGCUGCACGGCUUCCCGCGAGACCUGGACCAGGCGCACAUGCUGAACAGCCUGGGCUACAAGCCCAACAGGAAGGAAGCGGAAGAGCCACCUAGAGUCAGCCGGACCUGCAGCCCAGCCUGGAGGCACCACUUAACCUCUUGGGAGCCAGAGGUUUUCAUCCUUGAUGUGGUUCGGAUCACAGCACCUUACUUGGAUUCAAUGGGCCAGCGCACGUGUGUGGCAGUGCGUCUGCUCUGCUGGGUGUUUUUCCUGAAUGUGCCAUUUGAUUCCAUCCUGGAGCGGCUGACCCUGAGAAGAACCGACCCUGUCACAGGAGAAAGGUACCACCUCAUGUACAAGCCACCUCCCACCGUGGAAAUCCAGGCCCGUCUCCUGCAGAACCCAAAGGACACGGAAGAGCAGGUCAAGCUGAAGAUGGACCUGUUCUGCAGGACCUCGGCCGAGCUGGAGCAGUUCUACCAGCCGGUCCUCCCCCUCAACGGGGACCAGGACCCCUACACGGUCUUCGAGCACCUGGAGAGCGGGAUCAUUAACCCCCUCCCCAACAAAGUCCCCUGACGCGCCGGAGCAAGGAGCAGCCCCCAGGCGAACAAAGUUAAUCCCUCGCCCGCCACCUUCUGGAAGCUCCGCCAGGCCAAUAAAGAGUGCCAGGUGCC